AUUUGUCCCUUCCUAGAAAUAGUUGAAACAGUAAUUAUAAUCUGUUUUUGCUUUGUUAUCUGUGGCAUAGAUAGUUCACUCACGCGAAGCUGUUCAAGCUAUAGUAUUUACUCACCUCUUGAUAGGAAUUAGUAUUUACUGCUAGUGUUUUAAAUAAAUACUUCGUUUAUGUACAUCAGUGUAACUAGUAUUUGUUCAGUAAUUUGUCUAGCUGGAAGAAGAAUAAACAGCCUUUUGCAAUCGUAUACAUAAUAAAAAUGUCAUAUGUUUCUGAAACACUUCAAUGGCCGUACUGUUCGAGUGUCAAUACUAAGUGUUUUGCUGUUCCGGAACUGUAGACUGAUAUGUUUCUAACAAGGAAUGUGAUAAUGAAUAGUUUUCAAUGGCGAAAAUGGUUUCUUAUUUUGAUUUUCGCAGUGUACCGGAGGUUAGACAUGGUCGAUGGGUUGAAAUGCUUCUGCAACAGUGAUAUAUGCCCGAACUCAACAUGUGAAACCGAUGGCUACUGUUAUGCCUCAACAAGUGUGGAGAAUAAAGUGCAAAAGUUUACAUACCAUGCGGUGGUCUUAAGCUGUAUGAACUUGAAAAGAGCAUUCCCUCCUGAAAACCCAGUAGAAUGCAAAAAAUCGACAAUGUAUUGCUGUAAUAGUGAUUUCUGCAAUUCUGAUGAGAAUAUACAAGAGAAAUUGUCCAAAGUGCUCCAUGCCACAGUGAUGGAGACUGGAACUACAGCGACGGCAUGGAAAGUGUUGCCAUGGGUGAUGGGGCUAAUGGUUCUCGGGGUGUGCGCUGCGAUCAGCUUCUGGUGGGCAAAACGAUCCCAUGGCCCGAAGAAACGGGUCCCGUCAAGAACGCCAUACCCCACCGACGACUCGGUAUGUGAACUGAGACACCCCAUGAUAAGGACCACGACGAUCCGGGAUAUGAUUGAACUCACCACCUCGGGAUCUGGAUCCGGGUUGCCACUCCUGGUGCAGCGCUCCAUAGCUCGCCAGAUCCAGCUGGUAGAUAUAAUUGGGAAAGGACGCUUCGGCGAGGUGUGGCGCGGACGCUGGCGUGGAGAAAAUGUGGCAGUCAAGAUAUUCUCCUCCCGAGAGGAAUCCUCUUGGUUCCGUGAAGCGGAGAUAUACCAGACCGUGAUGCUGCGCCACGAGAAUAUUCUUGGUUUUAUCGCCGCUGACAAUAAAGAUAACGGGACGUGGACCCAGUUGUGGCUAAUCACCGACUACCACGAGAACGGGUCCCUGUUCGACUUUCUGAGCGCUCGCACUAUCGACUCGAUCACACUAGUCAAGAUGUCGCUGUCCGUCGCUACGGGGCUCGCACAUCUGCACAUGGAUAUUGUCGGCACUAAAGGUAAACCAGCCAUAGCCCACAGAGACCUGAAGUCCAAGAAUAUUCUGGUGAAGAGCAACCUGUCCUGCGUGAUCGGGGACCUGGGGCUGGCUGUGCGGCAUAACGUGGCCAGCGACUCCGUCGACGUCCCCACCACCAACAGGGUCGGGACUAAACGAUACAUGGCACCUGAGGUGUUGGAUGAGACAAUGGACACUCGGCAGUUCGAUCCCUACAAGCGCUCUGACGUGUACUCGUUCGGGCUCGUUCUCUGGGAGAUGGCUCGUCGCUGCGGCGUCAUGCCCGACGAGUACCAGCCCCCGUACUUUGACUGCGUAUCUCCGGACCCUGCGCUCGAGGACAUGCGACGAGUCGUCUGCAUCGAGAAACGACGGCCUAAUCUACCGAACCGAUGGCACUCUGAUCCGGUGCUGUCAGCCAUAUCGAAGGUGAUGAAGGAAUGCUGGUACCAGAACCCCGCCGCCCGCCUCACUGCUCUCCGCAUCAAAAAGACCCUUGCCAACAUCGGCGCGCCCGACUACAUCAAGCUAUCGGUCGAGCUGGAUGAGAUAAGGGCUUGAUACUGGGACGAUUGCCGUCAAUGGACGGAGUAGAUUUUCAAGCCACGAGCAUGACGCCUGACUCCUACCUCUUAGAUUAUAUUCGUGUAAUAUCGUGAAGGAGCAUUUAUUUAAUAUUAUUAUAUGGACUUGAAGUUGUAGUGAUAUGUUUUCGUUACCAACUACGUAAGUUUAAACUUUUGUUAAGUGUUCCGAUUCCGUUUAUUGUGCAUAAUAAAAAAUAUAGAGCCGUACUUUUUAUUUUUGUAAACUAUGUUUUCUGUGAUAUGAAAUUAAAUCGCAGCUAUUGUUGUAAGUUUAUUGUGUUUGUUCAUUACUGUAAUCGUAUAGUUUUAAGUGCGACUACGCCGCCAUGGGUUAUUUAAAUGCAGAUUGUUGUCGUUUCUAUUUCCUUCUUCUCCAUAGACGCUAUACCAAAUCUUUAUGCAUAAUAUGAUGUAUGCAGCUCGUUGUAAGAACUCGUGGUAAGUCUGCGAGCCUGGGGUACGACAAGUGUGACACACGCGUCGUCUCCAGGUUGAUACAAGCGAGGCCGUAGCCAGCCGUGGCCGGAGCCGCGCUCCGAACUCAUUUUAUCAAACAAUACAAACUUAUUAAGAUUAAUGCUUUACUUACAGUGAUUUAUACGUGGUUGUGAAUUAUGAAACUAUUUCUAUGAAUAUUAAAUAAACCAAAUUUUAAAAAUAAAUGUACUUAAGUUAUAAAUUAAUAAACCUUCAACAAUACUGAAAUAUAUGUACAUAUAUCUGGCUACGGCCUUGGCACACGUCUCCCUAGAACGAGCACUUCUGUACCUUUAAUUGUUAAAUUAAGAUUAUGUGUAUGUUACAUGGUUAAGUUCUGAGUAUUGAGCGCGCGGAGGCCCGCGGACAGAGUGCGUCGCGAGCCCCCGCGCGCUGCGCCGCGUGCUAGGAUAAGUGACGAGAGAGUGAGUUUUUAAAAUAUUGAUAUGAUACAUCAGUAAAGCACCUAUUUUCUUACUCGUUCCGACAUUGGAAUCCUUGGAAGUUAAGAUAUUUGGAGUUUGUAUAUAAUGAACGGUGUUUACACACUACUACGACCUACUACUACAUGCGUAAGGACUUUGAUAAGUAAGCACGUAGAUUUCAUACUUUUGUGUAAUGUUACAUAUUAGUGGAGUACAGCUCAUUGCUCGCUGCAGCGGCUCCGAUGGCGCAGAAUAACUUGCCAUUCAAACUAUUUCUUUAAGUUGUGUGCAAUAAAGUAAAUUUUAUAAAGACAUGUUGUAGUUACUUUGUAGCACUCGAUUGAAAGUCCCGUAUGCCCUGUUCCAGAGUCAGAGCCGCUGUGGCGAGCGAAGCGCUUUACUUUUUUAUUUAUAGUAGUUUUAUUUACAUGUCAACCGCCAGUGAACACUUGCGACUAAGUACUUCUAAUUUUAAUUACGUACAAAUACAUGUUUGUUGUUUAUGAAAAAGAAAAUUAACCAUGUGCGCAUUCUAUAUGACGUUCAGUUGUUAAACACUUAAUAUGAUAAUAUAAUGUAUUCGUCGACAAGUAAAACUUAGAGACUGAAUCUAGCUCCUGUAAUUUUAGACUUCAUUGCCUUUUGGUGACCUCGUUUUACGAUGAUUCGGCCUUUACACAAAAACUAAUCUCAAUUAUUUUCCUGCGUUGUUCAAUUUGUAAAUAGACAUUUCUUUGGCGUCGUCCAUCUCCCACUAACACUAAUAUGUCAUCGAUGUAAAAUCUUUUAUAAUCUUCAAAAGUUUGAAUACAAUAUUUUUAUUACUUUUUAAGAUUCUAAUGCUGCAUUAGUUUAGUAUUGGGCGUAUACAUGUAUGUGCCUGCGAAGCAACGACUUAUAUCAUCUGUGACUAUAACGGUAAAAAAGUACUUGAAAACAGUUCGUCCCACUCCGAUGCGCGUAUUCACAAGUCGGACUGGUUAUUUUAAUUCCAUAUUAUAUUGUAUGCCUGUAAGUAAUUGCGUUAAGUAGUUUGAAGCUCUAGAAUAUUACAUAUAUACCAACUGAUUUGGUUGUAACAGUUUUUUAGGAUACGGAUAAAUAAGUGUAGACAUUUCCCGAGAAGUCGAUAUUGUAAAUUAGAUUCGUAAAUCUGUUCCCUCGUCGACGCGGUCCGCGUUUCAGUGAACGCGGCCGUCAUACAUAUUGUACUGUCUGUCUGUAGUCGUCCCAAGAUAACUAGAAGUGUGUUAUUGUACCUAAUUCAACGUGUUUAAAGAAUAUUGUGUGUUUAUUGAAGUAAUGUAGGCUUCCGACGAGUAGUCUCGCUCGACCUAUUGUUAAAUUAUGAAGAUUAUUCUCAACUCUAUUAGCUAUGUACAUUGAUGUCAGAUACAGAGUAAGAAACGUUGACUAUACGAACAGAUGAUUUGACUUCUACUUUAAAGAGAUAAUUGUAAAUGCAUAAUAGCUUGUUUUUACUUGAACAAAUAUUUACGAGACAUUUUUAUCGACUUGUUCUUAAGGUAUAUAAUUUGUAGUUUGUUGGCAGCAGCGGCCAAUCAGGAUAGGACGGCGCGAAGUUGAUUUGUGGUGUUGUCAAUUGUAAUCAUUUGUGAGCAGAGACAAUUUAUUAAAUCGAUUGAUGUUGUAUAUUAGUAUCAUUGGAUGUUCUCUAAAAUAUGUAGGCUCCCGCGAUCGGACGCAGUUUUUUAUACAGUUAUACAGAGAUAUACCAUUUUUAAUCUAUAGUGUUUGUAAUUCUGUAUUAACAUCUAAAUGUCGAAUGUUUGUAUUUUUCAAAGGUAAUUCCAUUCCCUUUGGUAAUUAAAUCAGAAUUGUAAUGUUAGUGCGUUAGUUGUAAGUAAUUUAACGAAGGCACUUCGUAUGUUCCACGUAGCGAGAGAAACAAAUGACAUGCUACGGAUUUACAUCGGAAUUCAGUAAAACCAUGUGCUGACACUCGUAUCGUACUACAAACAUUCAACUGUCGAAGUAACGAGUUAUUAGCAAAAAUAUCUGAAGGCAACAUGCCUGUACACAUAGCGAAAUAAAGAUAUAUGCAUUGUUUAUUGUUUAGAGCUAAUUAUAUUAUCGUUGUUUCUAUGUAAAUACUAUUAUCUGUUUGCCUUUAUAACGAAUACUACAUUUAAGUACUGUUGCUAAGGGUAAAUGGACUUCUUCAUAAAUAGAUAACAUGGUUGUUGAUCACAAUAUUUUAAUUAAUGCUGUUUAAAUAUUCCCGCCUUUAUUGUAUAUAUGGUACCUUUGGUACAUUUUUGUUAUUAAGAUUUCGCUAUUUGUAUUGACAUUUUUGCUUAUAACUACGCACCGCAGAAGUAAGUUAAUAUGAUGGUAGUGGUAUGCCUGAAAAAACAUGAAAUAAUAUUCGUUGGAGGAAAAUGAUCAGAAAAAUAUCAACUUUUUGUGAAACUGUAGCAACUGACCUGUUUAUACCGCACUACUAUGUCUUUACCGUGCCAGCUUGGUAACAAUAGAAAUAUUUUCCUUAACAACUCUUUUGUGAAAAGUUCUUGUACCCUUGUGCAACAUUUCAGUUCUUAUAUUAACUUACUGCUGAGGGCGUUCCGUUAACCGCCUUCAAUUACAAAUUUAUCUUCGUUACGUGUGUAAUACUUAUCAAUUAUGAUGUAAAAUUAUUUUAAAGUUUUCUAGAUAUAGGACGUCAAGUUCAAAUUAUUGUCAUAAAAAUGUACAAGCAUCAAACUAUUUGGUUUGAAAUUAUUUGAUGAGCAAUACCAAGAGAGUACAAGUACCUAAUGUUUUACUGAAGUGCAAUAACGAGGACAAAUGCAACAUCAUAUCACAUGAGCAUACGAAUUGGAUGACUUAUUCCAAAUAUGAAUGAUUUUAUGUAAAUACUUAUAUGAUUAUUUAAUUAUCCCACUGCGUAAGUUUAUUGAUUGGUUAUGGAGUGGACUAAUUAACUUAAUAUUACAAAUAAAACAAGUGUUUUUAUAAU